CCUCUGGGGUGUCACUCUGGGUGAGAGGGACAAGAAACACCCACUAGGACCCAACCCGGCAGCCAGCGGCCGAGCAUGCGCUGAGAGUUUGUGCAGCUGGCCCUGGCUGCCGCCGCUGCCUCGUCCGGACUUGACGAGGACUUGGGAGGGACAGCCGCGUUGGGAGGUGGCUUAGCAGAGACUUUCCAGCGACUGCUGCCCAGGACGUUUUUUCCUUUUCUUUUUCCCAAGAGUCAGCGACAGCGACGGCUGGUGAGAGUGAGACAAGGAAGCGUCUGCUGCUGGAGCCAAUGCCUCCCUUUGGUUCUCCGGGAGGAGUGUCCCUGCCCGGAUGAGUGUCCGCCGUGUGUCCCCGACUGUCCCCCGGCGGGAGCGCGGCUCGGAAGAUCGCGGCUGCUUUGCCUGGAUCGGUAGGAUGUGGUGAAAGGAUGGGGCUUUUCCCUCUGGAGAUUCACAAUGGCCAGAGAAGAUUCCGUGAAGUGUUUGCGCUGCUUGCUCUACGCCCUCAACCUGCUCUUUUGGUUAAUGUCCAUCAGUGUCUUGGCCGUUUCUGCUUGGAUGAGGGACUACCUGAAUAAUGUAUUGACUUUAACUGCAGAAACAAGGGUAGAAGAGGCGGUCAUCUUGACUUAUUUCCCUGUGGUCCACCCGGUCAUGAUUGCUGUUUGCUGUUUCCUUAUCAUCGUGGGAAUGCUGGGAUAUUGUGGAACGGUGAAAAGAAAUCUGUUGCUUCUUGCAUGGGAUAGCAUGAGACUUUCGAUGCGCCUGCAGAGUGCCCUACUCCAGGCUCGGCCGGCAUGCCAUCUCAAGAACUGGCUAAGCAGAGGCCGUGUGGGUACGUGUGUUUUAAGCAGCAAGUAUUCCUGGGCUUACUUUGGAACCUUACUGGUCAUCUUCUGUGUAGAACUGGCUUGUGGUGUGUGGACGUACGAGCAGGAGGUCAUGGUGCCGGUACAGUGGUCAGAUAUGGUGACUUUGAAAGCCAGAAUGACAAAUUACGGCUUACCCAGGUAUAGAUGGCUUACUCACGCUUGGAAUUUUUUUCAGCGAGAGUUUAAGUGCUGUGGAGUGGUGUACUUCACCGACUGGCUGGAAAUGACAGAGAUGGACUGGCCUCCAGAUUCCUGCUGUGUUAGGGAAUUCCCAGGAUGCUCCAAGCAGGCCCACCAGGAAGAUCUCAGUGACCUUUACCAAGAGGGCUGUGGAAAGAAAAUGUAUUCCUUUUUGAGAGGAACCAAACAAUUGCAAGUGCUAAGGUUUCUGGGGAUCUCCAUUGGUGUGACGCAGAUCCUGGCCAUGAUUCUCACCAUCACUCUACUCUGGGCUCUAUAUUAUGACCGAAGGGAGCCCGGGACAGACCAGAUGCUGUCUCUGAAGAAUGAGGCUUCCCAGCACCUACCAUGCCACUCUGUGGAACUGUUAAAACCAAGCCUUCCCAGGAUCUUUGAGCACACGUCCAUGGCUGGCAGCUUCAGCACACACUUCGAGAUGGAAGAACUGUGAGAAAUGCCAAAGAAGCAAGUCACGAAGUGAAGGAAGACGCUAGUGAGUUCUGGGUAUGCAGCUACCUGUUUCAGAAGUUUUCAAACACAGGGAUAGUCUGCAAAAGAACGUCUAAGCACACAAUUUU